GUAUCAUAUCUCAAUUAAAUUGGAGCAAAAACAUACUUCUUUACUUCUCGAAAUUGUUAUCGAUAAACAUUGCCGGAAAUAUCGCCGGAUCUUAUGGCCGGAAUACUCGAUAAGGCAAAGCAAUAUGUUGUGGAUUCAGUGGUGAGCAUAGAGAAGCCAGAGGCGAGUGUGACUGAGGUCGAUUUGAAAAAAGUCGAUUGGAGUUCGGUCACUUAUGUCGCUAAAGUCAAAGUUACAAAUCCUUACAGUGUGUCUAUUCCGAUCGGCGAGAUCCGUUACACUCUCAAAAGUGCCGACAGCGUGAUUGGAUCUGGGACAGUCCAUGACCCAGGUUCUCUUAAGGCGAACAGCGACACCAUGCUAGACGUGGAGAUUAAGGUGCCACACAACGUGUUGGUCAGCUUGGUGAAGGAUAUUGCUAUGGAUUGGGAUAUCGACUAUGAGAUUGAAGUCAUCCUCGUUGUUGAUCUUCCGAUUGUUGGAGACAUCAGCAUACCCGUGACUAAGAAGGGUGAGAUCAAGCUCCCGUCACUCUCGGACUACUUUAACAAAUCUAAAUGAACCUUUGAAGUACGAAAAAUAAGAUCAAUAACGUGAUCAGUAUUUCUCGAGUGUAAUAUAGCACAUAAUUCUGUAUAAGCAUGUGAAGUCAAACACUUAUAUAUAUUUGGUGGUAUAUGCAAA